CUCCUUUUCCCUCAGGCUGAGUUCAUUCACUGGGAUUGGUUUCAAAUGACGCCAUCUCUUUAUUUUUACACCAAUGACCUCAUCCCAGCAGCAGCUUGCAAGUUUACUGACCAGCAAAAACUCUUUUCUCUCUCCUCCUCCUGGCUUGUUUUGUUCCCUACAUUCAAUUAUUAAGCGUGUUUGCUCUCUUUCUUUAUUUACACUGCAGCUUUUGCAAUCUCUCUGUAGAAAUUUUUUUUCCUCCUUCCUUCCUUUCUCUCAGCUCCCAUCAAGUCAUCUUCAGGGAGGAAGAAAAAGCUUGAAACGCUUCCUCUCUCGCUGGCUCUCCUUUCUUUCCUUCUCCUCGGCACCAUUUCUACCCCCUUUCUCUAAAACGCAGAAAAUAAUAAUAACUCCCCCCACCCCCCGCCCCGCCAAAGAGGAGAAUCCGAAGCACAGAAAAAUUUCCGAGCGGCUUUGAAGAAGGGAGACGUGAGAGCUGGCAAAGUGAGAAGAGGCUGGUGGCAGCUCGUAGUCCUUUUAAAGCCAAGACAAUUUAAAACGAGAGAAAGAGGGGAAACAUCUGCCUCUUGCCAUCUCUUUCCGUGUCUCAACAGGCUGCUAGUCCACUCUAUAGCCGAUGAUGGGGGAACAAAGAUAAAGAAUGAUGUAAUGGCAGGACCAGCCGAAAAGCAUCUUUUGUUUGAGUUGUGAAAUGGCUACUCUAUAGCCCAGGAUGAAUUGGUUGUGAGGGGCUGCUUUGUGGAGCAAGCCCUGUGUAACUAGCACAUCAACUGGGAGCCAGAGGAGGCAUUCAUCUUUGGAGGACCCUCUCAAGAGAAAAUGGGUCUAACUUUUCUCUUGCUAGUCACUACCAGUAUGAACUCAUACACUCUGAGUACAAUGGAAUGGCUAAGCCUUUAAGUGCAUAGCCAUUACAUCAUUUUCUUCAUCAUUGCUGCAAAUUGGAGAGGAAGGCAGUGGCAAAAGAAGGGCCUCUGUUCUUGUCAUGGCUGAUGAGAUGAAUGGUACCCGACUCAUUGUUGGCGAGACGCUGGUAGCUUUACUGGAAAGCGGCACAGAAAAAUUGCUGCUGAUUGACAGCCGCCCCUUUGUGGAAUAUAAUACAUCACAUAUCUUGGAUGCCAUCAACAUCAACUGCUCCAAGCUCAUGAAGCGGAGGCUGCAGCAGGAUAAAGUAUUGAUCACCGAGCUCAUUCAGCAUUCUGCAAAACACAAGGUUGAAAUUGACAGCAAGCAAGAAGUGGUGGUAUAUGAUCAAAGCUCAAAAAAUGUGGCUUCUGUCUCAUCUGAUUCUUUUCUGACUGUCUUGCUAGGAAAAUUGGAGAAGAACUUUAGCUCUGUUUAUCUUCUUGCAGGUGGAUUUGUGGAGUUCUCCAGCGGUUUCCCUGGCCUUUGUGAAGGAAAAUCUAUUUUGGUGCCUUCUUGCAUUUCUCAACCCUGCUUACCAGUUUCCAACACUGGACCAACCCGGAUUCUGCCUCAUCUUUACCUUGGGUGCCAGAGGGAUGUCCUCAACAAGGAGCUGAUGCAGCAGAAUGACAUAGGCUAUGUAUUAAAUGCCAGUAAUACUUGUCCCAAGCCUGACUUUAUUCCAGAGUCUCACUUCUUAAGAGUACCUGUGAAUGACAGCUUCUGUGAGAAAAUUUUUCCUUGGUUGGAUAAGUCUGUGGACUUUAUAGAAAAAGCAAAGGCUUCACACGGUCGUGUUCUAGUCCACUGUUUAGCUGGAAUAUCACGCUCUGCCACCAUUGCAAUUGCAUACAUAAUGAAAAGAAUGGAUAUGUCCUUGGACGAAGCCUACAGAUUUGUGAAAGAAAAAAGACCAACCAUUUCUCCGAACUUCAACUUUCUUGGGCAGCUUCUGGAUUUUGAGAAGAAAAUUAAGAACCAGAGUGGCCAAUCUGGGCACCUCAGCAAACUGAAGCUUUUGCAUUUGGAAAAAAGUAGUGAGCAUGGACUAGGACCAGACAGUGGGCAGAGCAGCAGCGUCUUAUCCUCUUCCCAGCUCUGUAUUACCUCUACCUCAGAGACUGUGGAGCAGAAGCCAAUGGAGCCUGGAAAUCCGGCGGGCUCCUCUUCGGCCUCAUCGGAGGACAGUCCUCUGGUACAAGGCAUCAUUGGACUAAAUGUGUCCUUGGACAAAGUAGAAGACAAUAACAGGCUGAAGCGGUCAUUUUCUUUGGAUAUCAAAUCUGUAUCAUGUGUGGCAAGUAGCACCUGCGUUACUGCUUCAGGUCAGGGAUAUCCUUCUUUGGAGGACACAAUAGAAUAUUACAAGCAUUCAGCUGCCUUGGAAGGUGGCACCAAGUUAUGCCAGUUCUCUCCUGUUCAGGAGGUUUCAGAACAGACGCCUGAGAGCAGUCCGGAUAAAGAGGAAGCAAAGCUUUCUGAGAAAUCCCAGAAUGCCUGGCAGCUGGACAGCCAGAGCAAAUGGCAGCACUUGGGGAGAACCAGCAGUGCCACUCAGAGAUCACAUUUGUACCCACUACACCGAAGUGGCAGCAUGGAAGAUAACUAUAGAACAAACUUCCUCUUUGGUCUGUCCACCAGCCAACAGCAUUUGGCCAAGUCCGCAGCUGGCCUGGGCCUGAAGGGCUGGCAUUCAGACAUCUUAGCUCCUCAGGCUUCUGCAACACCCCUGACUAACAGCUGGUAUUUCACUACAGAUACCUCUCACUUUUAUUCUGCUUCUGCUUUAUAUGGGAACAGUGCAGCCUACUCUACCUACAGCUGUAGCCAGCUGCCUACUGGGUGUGAGCAAGCCUAUGCUGUACGCAGGAGAGAGAAGCAUGGUGACCGGGGGGACUCACGGCGGAGCUGGCAUGAGGAGAGCUCCUUUGAGAAGCAGUUCAAGCGAAGGAGCUGCCAGAUGGAGUUUGGGGAAAGCAUCAUGUCGGAGAACAGGUCCCGAGAGGAACUUGGAAAAGUGGGCAGCCAGUCUAGCUUUUCAGGCAGCAUGGAGAUCAUUGAAGUAUCUUGAACCUUCAUUUCAUUGUUUUUCCCUUCUGUGUAAAACAAUUCCCUGUAAAUCUGAAAUUUCAAGAGAAUGCAAAUGGUGCGUGCGUGCGUGUGUCUCUCUAUUAAAAAGAGAGAGAGUAAAUGACAAGCCUAGUACCUGCA